CACAAAUAAAUGUACAUAGAUAUUACAUGUGGUACCUAACCUUAUUUAACCUAAAACUUAGUAAAUAAUUUUAAAGUUUUUAAUUAUACCUUUUUAAAAUGGAAAACACUUUACAAUGUGCUGAUUUUAGUUUAUUUGAGGAGAUGUUAAAAAAUAUGCGUAGAAUGGAUGAUCUUAUAAUUAACACUCUUAAUACUGUAAUACCUACCGAUUCAUUUCACCCUGAUGGGAAAGCAGCAUGUUUGGAUCUAAAAAAGCAAUUAGACGAUUCUUAUACUAAACGUGAAGACGCAUUAAAGCAUUGUAUUACUGUAACAACAAAUGAUGUAAGGAAAUUGAAGGCCAGUAGAGAAAAUGACAGUAAUAAUUUGCAGUUAUUAAAACAAUUAAAAGCAGAACAAACAAAGCUUAAAAUGCUUCGAGUAGAAUUGGGCGCUGAGGAAUUAAUUAAAGAAAGAACCACAAAAGUGUUCAAUGAAAGAUGCAGAAAAUACUUAUCUGGCAUUUCCCUGCCAUAGUACCUAAUAGAAUUAAGUAGAACUCAUUUAGGCUCAAAAAAGUCUGAUUUGUUGUCACUAUAUGUUAAUGUUAAUUUUUAUAAAAACUAAAAACAUAUAUAGGGACAAAAUAGAUUUGUAAAUAAAUUUU